AUUAGUUCAAUCCAGUUUCUAGCUUGUGAACGAUUCGUUUAGUGUAUUUAGACAUUACACCUGGAUUUAUCGUAGUCUGAAAAUUGAAAGUUCAGCUAUAUUAACAGAAUAUUUGAGGUGCCGAGCUACCAGAAAACAGCUAUCAAUCAUGUCAUUUGGAACAAAGCAAUUCGUAAACACCAGUUACAAACCUCGCCCUCCUCAAAGUGGGGCUUACAACUCUCAAAUGAAUGGCAAUAGAGGCGGUAAUUUUGGAAAUAAUCGUUUUCAAAAAAUUGGUGGAGGAUUUGGUCCUAACAGAAAUGGAAGCGGAAAUUUUCAUUCUCAAAAGGAUAAUUCGUAUGACUUCAAUGGUCCCCAGGGACUCGAAAAAAUCAAUUGGAGCAAGGUCAACUUACUACCUUUUCAAAAGGAUUUUUAUGUCCCACAUCCAGCGGUCCAUCAAAGAUCCCCCUUUGAGAUUGAAGAAUAUCGUAGGGCCAAAGAAAUAAGUGUAGAAAAUAUUGCACCAAAUCCAAUUCAAAAUUUUUCUGAAGCCAAUUUCCCUGAUUAUGUUAUGAAUACAAUAAUCAAAUUAGGAUACGAAAGUCCUACUCCCAUUCAGGCUCAAGGUUGGCCAACUGCACUCAGUGGAAGGGAUCUUGUUGGAAUAGCUAAAACAGGAUCAGGGAAAACAUUGGCGUACAUUCUACCUGCAAUUGUCCAUAUAAAUAAUCAGCAAAGACUUUCACGCGAUGAUGGGCCCAUUGCAUUAGUCUUAGCACCUACCAGAGAGUUGGCACAACAGAUUCAACAAGUUGCCAAUGAAUUUGGUAAUUCGUCUUACAUUCGCAACACUUGCAUAUUUGGAGGGGCUCCUAAAGGGCCCCAGAGUCGUGAUUUAGAAAGAGGAGUUGAAAUUGUUAUAGCUACACCUGGAAGACUUAUUGAUUUUCUCCAAAGAGGUACAACAAAUUUGAAACGAUGUACUUAUUUGGUGCUGGAUGAGGCUGAUCGUAUGUUAGAUAUGGGUUUUGAACCCCAAAUUCGUAAGAUAUUGGAACAAAUUAGACCUGACCGACAAACUUUGAUGUGGUCUGCUACAUGGCCUAAGGAAGUUCAAAAACUUGCCCAUGACUUUUUGACGGAUUAUGUUCAAAUUAAUAUAGGAUCACUUCAGCCCUCAGCCAACCAUAAUAUUCAUCAAAUUGUUGAUGUCUGCCAAGAAACUGAGAAAGAACAAAAAUUGAGUAUGCUGCUUCAGGAAAUAGGAAACACAAUGGAGACAGAUUCAAAAGUGAUAAUAUUUGUAGAAACUAAAAAGAAGGUUGAGAGUAUUACCAAAACUAUAGGAAGUUAUGGCUGGCCUGCUUUAAGUAUACAUGGUGAUAAAAGUCAAAAUGAACGUGAUUAUGUUCUAAGGUCCUUCAGAAAAGGAGGACAAUAUUCCAUUCUGGUUGCUACUGAUGUAGCUGCUAGGGGGCUUGAUGUUGACGGUAUUAAAUACGUCAUAAAUUACGAUUACCCUCACUCGUCUGAAGACUACAUUCAUAGAAUUGGCCGAACUGGCCGUUCUGAUACCACAGGAACAUCAUAUGCAUUCUUCACUCCAUCUAAUUACAAACAUGCCAAAGAUCUGAUCUCAGUACUCAAAGAAGCAAAACAGGUUGUAAAUCCAAAAUUGAGUGAAAUGGCAACCAGGUUUGGAGGUUUCGGCGGUGCCAAAGGAAGAUGGGGUCAAAAUAAUGGCAAUGGAUUUAAUUAUAGAAAUAUGAAUAAUGGGCCAAGACCAAAUUCAAGAUGGGGCAAUUCCGCCGAGCAAAAGCCAUAUGGUUCAUACACUAAGAAUGGGUAUUGAAUUCUUGGAUUGAAAUCCAACAGGGUGUGAUCAGUAUUUUUUUAAUUCCAUUUUCAAUCUAUUUUCUCAAUAGUGUUAGAAUGUUUAAUUCUCAUGAAGAAAUGUCACUAUUGAAAGCUAGUUGAAGAAUUUUUUUAUAAAGUUAUAUAUGUUAAUGAAUGUUGUCAACUUUCCUUCAUUAAUGUUUGAAGUUGAGUUAAAAUUUUAUUUAUAAAUUGUGAAUAAAGUUUGCACUAAGA